CUGGACGAGCUGGAGGGGAACAGGUCCCAGCAGGCGCUACUGAGCAGGCAACACAAACACUCUCCACAUGACAGUACUCCUUCAUUUGGGAUCAGCUAAAUUUCCAGUUUUGCUCAGCUUUCAAUGUGACCGCUAAUGGGGAACAUUCCGAGCUCCAGCCAAGUUGGCCGGAGGCCAUCGCAAUAUCGCAAGGAGGAAGACACCUUCCAUGGGAGCCACCGGAAUCCGGAGCGGAGUCACAGUCGCCACUGUUUCGUCAUUCGCUCGCAAAGGCCUCCAAAGAGAGAGUGUGUUCUGGAUGCGGGAUCCCGCUACGGUUCUCCGACGAGCUGCUGUUGCCCUCCUCUUCCGCCUGUUACUCCAGCCCGCAAGCGGUGCUGUUGUUCCUCACCCCCAGAUCCUGUGAGGCAGAGGAGCUCCGGAAACAAGUCCCAGGGAUGUGGUGGCCAGGCAGCUCGAAGGUUGAAAGUUUGUCAUCCGGAUGCAUACCCAGUGCCUGAGAUUCUGAGGACAAGGCAAAUGGGCCUCCAUCCCUUGGCUGCAAGAUGCGAUUGCGGGACAGCUGCAGCUGACCAAGAAGAGGCAGCUUUUUUCGAACCAGAGCCACAAGCUGAGAUCUCGCACAGUGACUCCGUGGGAUCCUUCCAGCCUGCUGUCCAAGCUGUUUAUGCAGGCAGCCAAGAGCACCAUGAUCCGUACUAUCCAUGUGCCCCUAGACAAGCUCGGCAGCAGGAAGUGGAUCCUCUGGGCAACUUUGAUUUAAAUCGGUUUGAUAGGGAUGCCACCCAUCGAGGUCCUGGAGGUAGAAGAAGAAACGUUUCCAUUCGCACUUGCCUUGACUACGACUACGAACCGGAAUAUCCACCUGCGCAGAGUUUUCCCAGGCAUUCGACACUGCGGAGUCCUCCUGGGCAUCCACCUCCGCAGAGUCCUCCCGGAUAUCCACCUCCCGGAUAUCCACCUCCGCGAUCUUACCGCCCCCCUGCAUAUGCACCCAGAACUCGGCCACCGCCCCCAUCUUGGCAACGAUCAAAUCGGCCUAGAGCACACCCGGGAUCCUAUGAAAAUGAGGAAAUCGAGUUCGUCAAGUGUCCGUAUAGAUGAUUGAUUGAUGCUAAAUUCAAAAUAUAUUUAAACAUUAUAAUAAAGAAAUAAUUUGAAUGUUCCACUUAUCGAUAAUCACACUUCGAAUACAUCCCUGAAAGUUUGAGAAGUACUUUUGUUGCAACGCACUGGAUUUCAGUGUUGUAAGGCAGCAGUGAAG